GCGCUUUUCCACCAGUAGGUGUCAGUAUGUGCGCGUCUGCGUGUUUGUUGAUGUCCAUGAAGAAGAUUGCGUGCGUCAUGUGCUACUGUGUGCAGUUCCCAGUGUUUUGUUUUCAACUACAACGCUUUCUACUGUAGAUAUAUUACACCAGCAGCAGGGGAGAUGCCACUGUGCUUACUAGUAAGUGAAGAUGAUUCACAUAAACCCAUUCAGCUUCCUCAUCAACAAGCUGUGAUUUUGGGUCGAGGACCAGAGACUAAGAUAAAAGACAAAAAGUGCUCAAGAGAACAAGUUGAAUUGAGAGCUGAUUGCAACAGAGGAUUUAUCUCUGUUAAACAGUUGGGUGUGAAUCCUACAAAUGUGGACAGUGUGGUUGUGGGCAAAGGCAAUCAGGUGACCAUAAAGCCGGGCCAGAGACUUUACAUUGUCAACCAGAUGUAUCCAUAUACAGUGAAGUUCACAGAGGAGACGUUCACACCCAGAUCCGCUGCGGAGGGGAACAAAGCCUCCAAAAGAUCCCAUCAGAUGAGCUGUGAGGGGAAUGGAGAGAAGAUCAAGAGCCCUGCAAAAACAACAUCAACAUCCUCCUCUCGUACAUCAGACGCUUCACCUCCACCGAAAAAGACACCGCCGCCUGGACCUGAUAAAUCAGAAUCUGCUGGCCAUUGGAGCCAGGGGCUUAAAGUGUCAAUGCAGGACCCCAAGAUGCAGGUGUACAAAGAUGAUAAGGUGGUGGUCAUCAAGGACAAGUACCCAAAGGCGCGUUACCAUUGGCUGGUUUUGCCAUGGGACUCGAUCUCCAGUCUGAAGGCUCUGCGGUCGGAGCAUGUGGACCUGCUGAAGCACAUGCAGCGUGUGGGAGAUCAGAUGGUGCAGCAGUGCCGUGACGCCCACAAACUGCGCUUCCGUCUGGGAUAUCAUGCCGUCCCCAGCAUGAGUCACGUCCACUUGCAUGUCAUCAGCCAAGACUUCGACUCGCCGUGUUUGAAGAACAAGAAGCACUGGAAUUCCUUCACCACUGACUAUUUUGUUGAGUCUCAAGAUGUCGUUACGAUGCUGGAGUGUGAUGGGAAAGUGACUGUGAAGGACGGCGCUAGUGAACUACUGAAGCUGCCUCUGCGAUGUCACGUGUGUCAUAAAGAGCAGCCGACGAUUCCCAAACUAAAAGAACAUCUCAAAACUCACACGCCUGCUUAAAGACAGUACAGCUCCCGUAUGGGACAGUCAGUUAUUUUGUUUUGUUAAAAAUUACAAUUCAUUUUGUAAACAGCCCUUUAAUAAAUUUAAUUUGUUCUGUA